AUGUCACAAAAAUCUGAAGAAGAAUGGCUAGAAAAUAUAGAAGUUUCAUUAGCUGAGCGCACUCCCCAACUUGGAGUUAAAGAGGUGAGUUUGCGAAGAAUAGGAGGGUUCUCUUUGUUGUACGGGCACUUGAGAUUAUCUUCGUCAAAGCAGAUUGAGCCUCUACACAUUCUAAGUAAUCGCGGUGACCGUGGUAUGGUGCAUGCUAGAGGAUCUGAUGUAGCAGGCUCAGAAUUGCGGUUUACAAAUCGUGAAGAAAUAUCGAGCCAGACCACUUUUGGGCUCUCAAACUCCUUGUACUAUAACCCAUGGAAGAAGGUGGAGUUGGGGAGGAAACUUUUGCUGCUGGCAGUUGAAAGAUCGGUAGCGGAGGGGAGCAGUAUGGAAUAUUUCGUGGAUCAAUGCUUUGAAGUUUUGAGUCAUAAUACCUACAGUGAGGAAGUACGCCAAGGAAAGGAGACAGCCAAAAAGUUCAAGGAGUUGCAGAACUCAAUCUUUAUUCCUCCCAUCGAAACUGGCGAGGUAAGUGAUGCCAAUCGUAGCUCCAGAACCAUCGGAAGGUAUUAUGGCACAAGGACUCAAACAGUCAUUUUGUUACGCCGUGAUGGAAAGUUGUUUUAUUGCGAGCGCAACUUGCACAAGUCUGACGAUUUGCUGGAAGCUCCUGUAACCAACAAGUACUCGUUUGAUCUACAAUAG